AUGCCAACAUAUUCAGUAACCACAAUCUUUUAUAUUAUAUUACAAUCAAUAAGCCUCUUAUUGUUAUUAUACUUAAUUUUUUCAAUAUUGACGACAAAAGCACAUUUUACCAAAUGGACCAUGUUUCAAAUGCUUCUUUCAGCAUUCGGAAAUGGGUUGUCUGCUUUACCACCGAUAAUUAUGUAUGGGGAUGAUUUGAGUGAUCGAGCAUUCGAAUCUUCAGUUUGCAUUAUAUCAAGCAAACUUGCAAACUUCACAUUAUAUCCUUUAGAAUUCUUUGCGUUAACGAUCGCAUUUUAUUUAUGGCACGCGUUAGUCAAGAAAAGACUUGACAUCGAAAAGAGAACCUUGAUUUAUUUUUCUGGAGCGAUUUGGGGGUUUACCAUUAUAUAUAACAUAUUUGAAAUGGCUCGUUCAAGUCAAAAAGAAAAUUGGGGUGUCAGAACUUCGUUGUUGAAUUGCAAAAAAACAUUUAGUAUGCAGAACGUUUUUGGAUUUUUAAUACCAGCAUCCAUUCUAGUUUUUAUCACGAUAAUCAUGAUAUGUCAUUCAUCGAUUAUCUUGUAUGAGCGUUGGAAAAAUUUCAAUCAUAACAUGAAUAGAACAACAGCGAUUAAAUUAGGACAUGCAGUUCGUAUUUACAUUAUGUGUAUAACCAUCAUAAUACUUUCUUUACUCUACAUUAUCCCACGAAUCUUUCAUUCGAAUUCUUUAUUGACAACAGUAAGCUCUUUUGCUUCAGCAAGCAUUGGGAUAGUGACAUUUUUAAUCUUCGGAACAAACAGAAAAGCAGCAUUAUUUCUUCCAUUUUUUUAUUAUGUUCCUCCAGACAAAACAGGAAACGAAUUAUUGCAAGAUGGCGAAAAGGAAAAUACUUUCAAUGUUUAA